UGACAUUUGACGGAUGUUUAUUUGAAGAGCGUGUGUAUUUAUCUCACGUUUAAUUUGAUUUUUAUGUGAAAUGAACGAAAACGAGGAUGAAGUUACAACAUUUUGUGAUUCUGCGGCAUCAUUGGUGGAGGGAUGUCGCUUGCCAGUUCGCAUGCAAGGAGGCGAUGAUUGGCCAUUAGCGGAAAUUAUAAGUAUUAAAGAAAUAAGAGGACAAAGAGGCUACUAUGUCCAUUAUGUUGACUUUAACAAACGUCUGGAUGAGUGGGUUGGGGAGUCAUGGCUGGAUACAAGGAAAGUUCAGUUUCCGAGGCGAGAUGGUGCCCCUUCUGGCGGCACCACCACACCGAAGAAAACCCACAUAGGUUCAGGAGGUGGCAUAAUGCCUCAUUUCAUUAAUGAUAAUGUUUGCCCUGAGCCCCAGAAGUCUCUCAGUAACCACAGAGAGACGGCCGCUAAACAACAACAGCAACCAAAAUUACCUGAAAAAAUACAUAAUACAAAUGUCCUCAAUGGUUCCGCUCAAAAAUAUACACCGGCUGUAGCAGUGACAGUGGAGCCUCGACAGUUGAUCUCUAGGCCGGCCAGCCCAACACUUGUCAGCGAGACUAACACUCUGGUCAACGGCGGCGCCGUCCUUGCAGCCGCGUUGCAGAAGAAGAUCAACAGGAAACGGAAAGCAAACUCACUUGAUACUGAGGAGCCUCCACCCCAAGAGUCGCUAGAAGGCGGUAAGGAGCAGGCGGCGAGCGGCACAGCCACACCUACAGCGCGACCGAGAACAUCGGGUAGUCUGGUGGCGCAUGGACAUGAUGACCUCGUCACACGUAUGAAGAACAUAGAGAUGAUAGAGCUAGGACGACAUAGGAUACGACCCUGGUACUUCGCACCUUAUCCACAGGAAAUGGUUAACUUACCUUGUAUCUACAUAUGUGAAUUCUGUUUAAAAUACAGAAAAAGUAAAAAAUGCCUUGAGAGACAUUUAAUCAAAUGUAAAUUGAAACACCCUCCGGGCAAUGAGAUCUACAGGAAGGGCAGUAUAUCUUUCUUUGAGAUAGACGGACGUAAGAACAAAUGUUACGCUCAGAAUUUGUGUCUCCUCGCAAAACUGUUUCUCGAUCACAAAACUUUAUAUUACGAUACGGAUCCAUUUUUGUUUUAUGUUAUGACGGAAUUUGAUGCAAGAGGAUUUCACAUAGUCGGAUAUUUUUCAAAAGAAAAAGAGAGCACUGAAGACUACAAUGUAGCUUGUAUUUUAACUUUACCUCCAUACCAAAGGAAGGGGUAUGGGAAACUACUUAUAGAAUUUAGUUAUAAUUUAUCAAAGUUCGAAGGUAAGACGGGCUCGCCGGAGAAGCCACUAUCUGAUCUAGGUCUGCUGUCGUACCGCAGUUACUGGGCGCAGACUAUACUCGAUAUACUGAUGAAUGUACCACCUGUUGCUGAUAACGAGAAACCUAUCAUUACUAUCAAUGAGAUUUGUGAAAUGACGAGUAUAAAAAAAGAGGACGUUAUAAGUACAUUGCAGAAUUUAAACUUAAUCAAUUAUUACAAAGGGCAGUACAUUAUUUCAGUGAAUCAGGAAACUGUACAGCAACAUGAGAAAGCGAUGGAGAAAAAAUGGCUUCGGAUAGAUCCUGAUUGUUUGUAUUGGACACCUAAAGAUUGGUCUAAACGUGCGAAAUGCGUUUGAAAUGUAUCGGAAAUGGGAGCUGUUUAAUUCUGACUUCAAAACAUGUAGAAAAAUCUAUUUAAAUACGUUAUUAUCAAACGUAUUUACCUUAUUACGACUUAAAUUUUAAUUGAAAUAAAAAAAAUUAUUCAAAAAUUAGUAAAUAACGUAUGUGUUCGUAGUGUAGCGCCAUUUUAAGUUAUAUCUGAU